GUCGCCCCAUCCAGGGGCCCCAAUGGCAUCAGGCCCCGGCGCGCAGCUGCAAGAGGACGCGCGCUGUGCCGUGUGCCUGGACCUGCUGCGCGCGCCCGUGACCGUGGACUGCGGGCACAGCUUCUGCGCCGCCUGCGUGCGCGCGCUGCUGGACGCGCAGCCCCGCUCCCCUGCGCGCGCGCCCCGCUGCCCGCAGUGCCGCGCUGAUGUCCGGCCCGAGGGCGUGCGGCCCAACCGGCAGCUAGCGGCGCUGGUGGAUGGUGUGCGGCGCCUGGCGCUGGCCGAGGGCGCCGCGGGGGAUGCGGAGGGGGCGCGGUGCGCGCUGCAUGGCCAGGAGGUUGCGCUCUUCUGCCCCCAGGACGGGCGCGUGCUGUGCAGGGUCUGCGCCGCCGGGGACGAGCACCAGGGACACCACCCCACCGGGCUGCGGGAGGCCAUGGAGGAGCACAGGGUGAAGCUGCAGCAGGCCCUGGAGACGGUGCAGAAAGAGAUGGAGGAGGCAUCGGCACAGGAGGUGAAUGUGGGGAAGAAGACUGUGGUGUGGAAGGAGAAGGUGGAGGUGCAGCGGCAGCGGUUCCGGUUGGAGUUUGAGAAGUACCGUGGCUUUCUGGCCCUGGAGGAACGGCUGCAGCAGCGGUGGCUGGAGGAAGAAGAGCGGGCGACCCUGCAGAGGCUGCGGGACAGUAGGGCGAGGCUGGCCCAGCAAAGCAAGGCCCUGAAGGAGCUGGUUGAGGAGCUGGAGCAGAGGAGCCAGCGCCCGGCCCUGGGUCUGCUGGAGGGUGUGAGUGAGGUCUUGACCCGAAGCACGGCUGUCACACGGCUGGAAUGUGAGACCACCCCGCUGGAGCUGAGGACAGUGUGCUGCAUCCCUGGGAUGAGAGACAUGAUGAGGAGGUUCCAAGUGGACAUGAAGCUGGACCCCAGCACAGCGCACCCCAGCCUGCUGCUGACGGCUGACCUGCGCUCCGUGCGGGAAGGCGAGCUCUGGAGGGAUGUGCCAGGGGACCCGAAGAGAUCUGCGUGUCCAUCGAACCUGCUGGAUCUUCUGCUGGAGGACAGGUGUCAGGUGCAGGGCUGUGAGCUGCUCCCUGGAGCCCUGUUCCUGGUCAGGCUCUGCGGCUGCCGGGUCACACCCAGCAGCCCAGCCACACUGCUUAGGCCUAGUCUCCUCCCUCCAUCUGGCAUUGUCAUUGUUCCUCAUCAAAUCCGUGAUUGUGGGUUUCCUCCUUUCAUCUCCUCUCCUCCACAUUCUGACCUCUCUGUCUCUGUCUCUGUCUCUCUGUGUCCGUCUGUCUGUCUCCCACUUGACCCAUUCACUCUCCUUUCAGUGGCCCCUACAGGCCCCCAGUCCAGCUCUGGGAGGUCCUGCCCAACUGCAGACCCCUUCAAGUUCCCCAGUGCACACCUUUCUGCCCUUAUCUCCUGUGGGAGGCUCUUCUCCCAUGAACUACACAUCAGCCUCUCAUGUAUUGUAUUGUUCUCUUAUUCAGUUUUUAAUUUGUGUUUCUCUCCUCGUGUGAUAGGCUGUGAGACCUUGAGGGGAGGGGAAUUUGUCUAUUGACCAUGAUGUUUUUCAACAUCCCACGAUGUUCUCCAACAUGGCUUUGUACAUUGUUAUCUCUGCCCAUUUGAGGAAUGAAUGAAUGAAUGAUAGACAUUCUGGAAGGUGGAAUUAAAUGCUAGAUCCGGAAGUGUUUUGUGGAAUGUAAUACAAUACAGUGACAUUGUUGGUAGUAGAACCUAGAUAACUGCUAUGCAAUCAACUUUAAUGCCAAGUGCUAAAUCAGUAGAACUGAUUUUCAGGUACAGAGAUAAUUAGAAAUAAGCUGAGUUUGAAGAGUCAGUGGAUUCCAGUGCCAGGAAAGCUGCACGUGUGUGGGUGCAGCCCACCGAGCUGGUGGGCUCUGGUGACAUCACAGCGACACCUUUGCAGUGUGCACUGCCUCCUGCUCCACAAGCAUCUCUCAUGCUGUCCCACUGGCUAGGAAUCCAGGGAACCUUCUCUGAAGCACUGAAUUUUAUUAAAAAGUGGCUUGUGAUUCUGUGUCCCUCUUUGUCAGAACUGUGGAGGAGCAGAGCUCCCUGCAGGGAAAGGAGGUCCUGCAUCACCUCCUCCCAUGUUUUCCUCCUUUCUGUGCACCCCUUUGUUACUCAUCUUGGGUUUCCCGGAUACACCAUUAUUAAUUCUCUCCUCUGAUGUAUCCUUAAGCACUAUGCUAAUGAUCACCAAAUUCCCUUCUUCCCUGUAAAGGACAAUCAAAGACACAGAGGCCCUGCCCUGCAAAAGUAAAAGAAAAACAAAUUGGCCCUCAACUUCAAACACUAGUUUCUUAACCUGUAACUCUAGAACCUUUUCCUUAUGGACUCCAUCUGCAUAGAUUGGUGUCUGCUUCCAGGAGAGUGAAGAC